UCGCUGGCAUGCUGUUGCCAUCGAAAGCGAGUGUCGGGACGUGGGCUAUAAUGAAUUUUUAUUGGGAAAAUGUCAGUGGAAAGGAGGUGGUCGGGGGACUUGAGGAAUGUUGCUCUCACCUAUAUUGGAGGCCAUCGUGAUCUCGCGAGAGAGUAUAGAGAAAGUAUUGAGAUAGUAACGAGGUGUAGCAAGGUGUCCAGUUUCAAGAUGUAUGGUAGGUGAGAAAGAGUCUCAGAGAAGCCCUGACCGUUGUAGCAUGCUGCUGGCUGGCUGCUGGCUGCUGCUGCAGCUACUCGCCGCUGCUCGCUGCUGCCCAGGUCAACCCGAGACGAAUUCAAAUAGGUUAAUUGAAAUUGAAAUCUUGCUGUGGCCCAGUACUUGCUGUUCCUGGGAAUUUAUCAGAGCAUGGUGGACAUCUCCGUAUUCCGUGGUCCGGGAUUGGAGGCAUAGGAGGGCUGUCGUGGCGUACAACUCACGCGUGCUGCCACAGGUCGAGAGGAGAGGGAGAGGAGGCAGCUCGCUCGUCCGGAUCAGCCGUGUCCACCAGCAUGCCAAGAUGAAGAAGCCAUACAUAGAGACCUCACAGCUGCAGUAGCCCUCAUAGCGAUGAGAAAUGCUUCUUUUUCGCCGACUGGGAGGCAGGGUCGCCAGAUCGGUGCAUGUGGCUCUGUCUUGCGGUCACAUAUAAGAGCAAUGUC